UCGUCAUGGGUCCGCCGUUGGCAUGAAAGGUCCGCAGCUGGAGCCAAGCCAGGCCUCAUCACAGGUGAUGCUGGGCUCUCCGACGCUUGUGCCCCAACGCAACUCGUGAUCGUCUGUCAGCGCGAUGAUACCCACCGACGACAUCGAUGACGAGCUCUCCGACUACUGGACGAGUCCUAAAGUGGUGUAUUUACGACCCGUUCUACGAUUUCGCAAAAAGUUUCAAGGCUUGCGGAAAACGUAAGAAAAGUACCACUAGCCGAUCCUUGGAAGUGUUCCGAUUGACCGAGAGACCUUACAAGUUCAUCACAUCGGUCGUUAAAGGAAAAUGGUUCUGCUUGUCGCAGAAUAAAAGGAAUGAGUCAAACGUGAAGUUUUCGUCAAAAUACUUGGUGAAGCACCCUUGUCAAGCCAAGCUGCCAGUGAUGGCCCACAGCGUAUAUAUUUAAACUCCGUGAUGUUUUUUGAAGCCACGUAGAUCUGCAAUUGGAAGUUGUGACAACCGUACAUUGAGCAGGCACAGCAACAGCGUGACUAACAUGAACGAAGACGUGAAGGCGACACACGGCACAGCGCUGAAUUUCAGCUGAAGUUUUCUUCAAGAAAAUGAGCUACCAUAAAAACACAAACCGAACAUCUUGUGACCAUCUCACAGCAAUUCUCCAUGUGAAGUGUGUGGGUCCCAAAUUGGUGCCAUUCUUGAAGACUGUUGCCCUGUACUUUGUUGUGGCCAUCUCGUGGCAACCAUCAUGGCUGGGCUGCCUGCUCAAGUGCCUGCCAGUCGCCUUCCUCAUGGUGUUUGUCGUGCUGCAUGGCAUCUCGCUGGGUGAUGCACGCCACUGCUACUCACGCCGCGUCCUCAUUGGCCUCGGCCUGUCUUGUCUCGGCGAUGCACUGCUCGUGUGGCCUUGGGGUUUCCUGCCAGGCAUGGCGGCCUUUGGUGCAGCCCAUCUGUUCUACAUUUCGGCCUUUGGCACGCGGCCGCUCAACCCGUGGGCUGGUGCUGUCUGCCUGGCCUGCAUCGCUGCUGCUGCGACUUUGCUGCUGCCAAACCUGAAUGGUGUGUACCUGUUUGCUGUGCCCGUGUAUGGCUUUGUGCUCAUGGUGAUGGUGUGGCGUGGUGUCUCACGAGUGCGAUUCUUCGACGACCUCUGGACCUGGACCAAGCUGUGCUCCUGCUUUGGUGGCAUCCUCUUUGCGGCCUCCGACCUACUCAUUGCGCUCAACCUGUUCUACCUGAGCACUCCACCCAGGUACAUCCAGCACGUCAUUAUGCUCUCGUACUAUGCAGCGCAACUCGGGAUAGCACUGUCGGUCGUCGACUGUCGCACCAUGGCUGCCAUUAGCGCUGCAAAUGAGCAGCCAGAGCCCUGCCGCAACGCCAGCUCCUGCUCUGCAACCGCUGUCGCACACAUGCCAAGCACGUCAAAGACAAGGCUAGAAUAAAGCAUGGACAUUGCAGUGAAAUCGUUCUUUCCAGGGAAGCAUCGUCACCUAGAGCACCACAAGGUCAUGGCCUUCCAGGAUGAACAUGCACCAGGCAUAGCAAAGGAACCUGCUGCACUUAAGAGACAUUUUUUUUCAGUGAACGACACUGCUCCUGAAUGGUGGCUACCGCUGUUGUCACUUCAAAAAUGCAUUGUAUAUGUGAUAGCUUCCAUCACUGUAUUGUGCUCCUACAUGGACACCGUGUGUGUGACAUAGUGUUGACUCUGCAUCCAUCUGUCUGCUGAUGAUGACCCAGCUUGGUUGGCAACUAUGGCAUAGAAACCCCACCGAUCAAAAUUUUGUGAUUGUAAACCGGUGAAACUGCCUGUGUGAAACAAGACGGCCAAUCUUGUUUGCAUUCUGACAAGAGCGUCCAGUAGUGCAUCUCUGUACAUUGUAAUUAUUCACUUUUUCUUUGGGUGGAUAGAUGUUUCCUGCACUGAUAUGCUGCCAUUGUUUUGCAGUGUUUAUUAGGCCAGGUGUUCAACAUUAGAUCUGCAACAGUGCAUUGGAUGCUUUCUCUGUUUCUUCCUGCAUAUACAUCUUGCCUAUAGUCUGGCAGUCUCUUGGAACACUACUCCAAUCAUCACAACCCAUGAGCACAGCUGUAAUCUGAUGGUGCUAGUCGUGCGUCACACCUGGCCUACAAAUGGUCAGUAUUAUCGUGACGAAAGAAGAACUGUUCUGUAGCUUAAUCAUAGAGUAUACUACAUAUAAAGAAACUUUGUUGGGCAUGCUCUGUGUACAGAGACAUUCUUGCUUAGAGCCUGCUCUAUAAAAUUGUGCAAUGCAGCUCAAGAUCGGAAGCCACGUAUCUUGCAAUCUUGUAUGUCGGAGGCCGUACCUUGCAACUGAUUUUUGCGCUCGAUGUGUUUUGUCAUUUGCCGAUGCAAAACUCCGACACUCAUUGGAUAAGCCACUCAGCUGGAUGGUGGGUGAGAAAAGGAUUCCAGUACAUAAGAGUAAGCAAAUCCUUGCAAACCCUUAGUCGAGGUUUGGUGGGAUCACGAGAAAGUUUGCUGGUCGAUAAAAAAAUUAUGCAUGGCAGGACGUGUAGCAGAAAUUUAAAAAAGUUGCAUGGUAUAAGAAUUGCUACAGUUGUCCCUCAAGUGCUCACAUAUUAUAGCUAAUGCAAAGGAGGGCUUUUUAUAAAUGGGCGGGUAGCUGCGUUGAAGACAACGUAAGUACUUUAUCAGGCAGUAUCAAAUGUACUGCAUUAUAUUUUAAGCAUGCAUAUUUAGUACACAUUGCCUUCAAAAUUUGCAUUAAACUGCAUAGUAACUAAAGUGGGACUGUCAUUGGCAGUGGUUUGUGUACAUGCUUACACAAACAUGCUUUUCCAAAAUGCUUUUGUAUUUGAGUUACCUAAUGGACAUUUUAAACGUCAAAAAUUACCGUAAUUAACUUCUCUUCUUUUUAGAAGAAUGAAAAAGAAGGCGAGUAUCACUGUGCUGAAUUAGUCGGAUAUCGUUCAGGCUACCAACAUGCACUUGCUGGUUGCAAGGCCAUUUCUGACAUUCCUAUUUGCACUGUUUUGCCCAUGUUGGAACUGCCACAUCGUGUUGUUUGCACAUAUAUAUAUAGUGUCGUUAGCUUAGAACAGCACACAUUUAUUCUGAGCCUUUUCAGGCCCAGUUUUUGUGUUUCACUGAUAUCAAAUGAAUGCUCAAGUCAACCUCCUUACGGAGACUUUUGUGAAAGUGCAUUUGGUGCUAGUCACAUUCAAAUAAACUCUUCUGAAGCUGCA